AUGAAAACAAUAAGAACUGGUGCUUUUGAAGACUGGCCCUAUUGUGCGUGGACAGCGAACGUGGCACCCACUUCUGGCACCUCCAUCACGCUCACCAACAAGGAUUAUAAUGGACUACAAGUGGCUGGCGCAACACUGGAGUUGGGCAUAUUGGUAACCUACUCGGGGUCUAUUCCAGACAUCAUUUCUCUCCCACACCACUCUGCACGGCCCCCACUUCACCCACUCCGGCUCCCACUUCUGCACCACUCCGGCCCCCACUUCACCCACUUCGGCACCCACUUCCCACUACCCACUUUCACCCACUCCAGCUCCCACUUCUGCACCCACUCCGGCCCCCACUUCACCCACUCACCACUCCGGCCCACUUCUUCCACUUCACCCACUCGGCCCCCACACCACACUUCUGCACCCACUCCAGCCCCCACUUCUGCGCCAACCACAAAAACCACAGAAGGACAAAGCACUCAGGAACCAAGUCCUGGGUGCAUCGCUCCUGGGACAAGCUAUGACUAUGAUGAAGUUCUUCACAAGUCCCUCCUGUUUUACGAAGCUCAGCGAUCUGGAGAUCUGCCAGCUUCACAGCGUGUCACCUGGCGUAAGGACUCUGCCCUGGGCGACGCCAAGGACAGUGUGACCAACGUUCAGCUUGACCUAACAGGAGGAUAUUAUGAUGCUGGCGAUUAUGGCAAAUUUGGAUAUCCAAUGUCAAGUAUGACAACAGUGUUGGCAUGGGGAGCCAUCGACUACGGCGCUGCCUAUAUACAAGCAGGGGAAAUGCCGUACAUGAAGGAGGCCGUCAAGUGGGCCACAGACUAUUUCCUUAAGGCACACGUGAGUCCUACUGUGUUGUAUGGCCAAGUAGGUAAUGGUCAGCUUGACCAUGCUUUUUGGGGCCGUCCAGAGGACAUGACCAUGGACAGACCAGCCUACAAAAUCACGGAAGCAAAUCCCGGAUCUGACUUGGUGGCCGAGACUUCUGCUGCCCUGGCUGCCGCCUCCAUUCUCUUCAAAGAUUCCAACCCUGCAUAUUCUGCCGAAUGUCUUCAACACUCUAGGGAGCUUUACGAUUUUGCCAAUAAUUUCAGAGGAGACUACGACGCUACAAUCCCUGGUGUUUCUGAAUUCUAUGCCAGCUAUGGCUACUACGACGAAUUAGCUUGGGCUGCUGCCUGGCUUUACCGUGCCACAGGUGAGACUAGCUACCUAACGGCAGCCAAGACACAUUUUCAGCAACUUUCAACAACUCCUUGGGAGUUUUCUUGGGCUGAUAAGACCCCUGGAGUGCAGGUAUUACUGGCACAACUAGCCGACGAAGUCGAUAAAGCCACAUAUGUGAAUCAUUUGACCAACUUCUGCAACGACAUCAUAGACAACAGGCAAAGGACACAGGGAUUGGUGUACCUGAGUCAGUGGGGCUCCCUCCGAUAUGCAGCUAACGCAGUCUUCAUUUGUCUAAGAGCUGCAGACUUGGGCAUCAACCCUGAGAAAUAUCGAGAGUUUGGCAAGCAACAGAUCCACUACAUGUUGGGCGACACUGGACGGAGCUAUGUGGUUGGUUUUGGCGUGAACCCUCCGCAGCGGCCACAUCACGCCAGCAGCUCGUGUAAACCAGCUCCAGCAACGUGUGACUGGUCAGACUUCCAUUCGCCGGAUCCUAACCCUCACGUGCUGUACGGAGCCUUGGUGGGAGGCCCUGACGCCAACGACUGGUAUGAGGACAAGCGCGAAGACUAUGUCAAGAAUGAAGUUGCCACAGACUACAACGCAGGGUUCCAAUCUGCUGUAGCUGCUCUCCGCUCCCUCACGGACUGUGGCGGAGUGACAGCUGCACCAACAACAGCAGCUCCCACCCCAGCACCCACCUCGGUUCCCACUCCCGCACCCACUUCAGCACCAACCACACCGAACACAGGCGGAGGAAGUGGCAGCUGCUUCCGAUUUGCGAAAGCCAACAGUUGGAGCGGGAACUAUGAUGGAACAUUGUACGUGACUAUCCCCACUGAUGUAGGGUCUUGGAGCAUCGACCUUCAGUUAUCAUCAUCUGUGAACAAUUUCCAGGCGUGGACAGCGAACGUGGCACCCACUUCUGGCACCUCCAUCACGCUCACCAACAAAAACUACAAUGGAGUCCAAACUGCUGGCGCAACGCUUGAGCUAGGCAUCUUGGUAACUUUCUCGGGACCUACUCCAGCCAUCACGGCCGCGACUUUCAAUGGUGAAAUGCUUACAGGUUGUGGAGCUACCUCAGCUCCUUCCACCCCAGCUCCAACCCCGGCUCCAACCCCAGCCUCGACUCCAGAGAGUACUGUGAACCCUGGAACUGAAGAACCUAGUACCCAAGCACCAGGCUCUGGGUGCGUUGCUCCUGGGACAAGCUAUGACUAUGAUGAAGUUCUUCACAAGUCCCUCCUGUUUUACGAAGCUCAGCGAUCUGGAGAUCUGCCAGCUUCACAGCGUGUCACCUGGCGUAAGGACUCUGCCCUGGGCGACGCCAAGGACAGUGUGACCAACGUUCAGCUUGACCUAACAGGAGGAUAUUAUGAUGCUGGCGAUUAUGGCAAAUUUGGAUAUCCAAUGUCAAGUAUGACAACAGUGUUGGCAUGGGGAGCCAUCGACUACGGCGCUGCCUAUAUACAAGCAGGGGAAAUGCCGUACAUGAAGGAGGCCGUCAAGUGGGCCACAGACUAUUUCCUUAAGGCACACGUGAGUCCUACGUUGUAUGGCCAAGUAGGUAAUGGUCAGCUUGACCAUGCUUUUUGGGGCCGUCCAGAGGACAUGACCAUGGACAGACCAGCCUACAAAAUCACGGAAGCAAAUCCCGGAUCUGACUUGGUGGCCGAGACUUCUGCUGCCCUGGCUGCCGCCUCCAUUCUCUUCAAAGAUUCCACUGCAUAUUCUGCCGAAUGUCUUCAACACUCUAGGGAGCUUUACGAUUUUGCCAAUAAUUUCAGAGGAGACUACGACGCUACAAUCCCUGGUGUUUCUGAAUUCUAUGCCAGCUAUGGCUACUACGACGAAUUAGCUUGGGCUGCUGCCUGGCUUUACCGUGCCACAGGUGAGACUAGCUACCUAACGGCAGCCAAGACACAUUUUCAGCAACUUUCAACAACUCCUUGGGAGUUUUCUUGGGCUGAUAAGACCCCUGGAGUGCAGGUAUUACUGGCACAACUAGCCGACGAAGUCGAUAAAGCCACAUAUGUGAAUCAUUUGACCAACUUCUGCAACGACAUCAUAGACAACAGGCAAAGGACACCCAAGGGAUUGGUGUACCUGAGUCAGUGGGGCUCCCUCCGAUAUGCAGCUAACGCAGUCUUCAUUUGUCUAAGAGCUGCAGACUUGGGCAUCAACCCUGAGAAAUAUCGAGAGUUUGGCAAGCAACAGAUCCACUACAUGUUGGGCGACACUGGACGGAGUUAUGUGGUUGGUUUUGGCGUGAACCCUCCACAGCGGCCACAUCACGCCAGCAGCUCGUGUAAACCAGCUCCAGCAACGUGUGACUGGUCAGACUUCCAUUCGCCGGAUCCUAACCCUCACGUGCUGUACGGAGCCUUGGUGGGAGGCCCUGACGCCAACGACUGGUAUGAGGACAAGCGCGAAGACUAUGUCAAGAAUGAAGUUGCCACAGACUACAACGCAGGGUUCCAAUCUGCUGUAGCUGCUCUCCGCUUCCACACGGACUGUGGCGGAGUGACAGCUGCACCAACAACAGCAGCUCCCACCCCAGCACCUACCCCUGUACCCACUUCUACACCAACCCCACCUCCAACACCAGAACCUACUGCAAACCCAGGAACUGAGGAACCCAGUACCCAAGCACCUGGCUCUGGGUGCGUUGCUCCUGGGACAAGCUAUGACUAUGAUGAAGUUCUUCACAAGUCCCUCCUGUUUUACGAAGCUCAGCGAUCUGGAGAUCUGCCAGCUUCACAGCGUGUCACCUGGCGUAAGGACUCUGCCCUGGGCGACGCCAAGGACAGUGUGACCAACGUUCAGCUUGACCUAACAGGAGGAUAUUAUGAUGCUGGCGAUUAUGGCAAAUUUGGAUAUCCAAUGUCAAGUAUGACAACAGUGUUGGCAUGGGGAGCCAUCGACUACGGCGCUGCCUAUAUACAAGCAGGGGAAAUGCCGUACAUGAAGGAGGCCGUCAAGUGGGCCACAGACUAUUUCCUUAAGGCACACGUGAGUCCUACUGUGUUGUAUGGCCAAGUAGGUAAUGGUCAGCUUGACCAUGCUUUUUGGGGCCGUCCAGAGGACAUGACCAUGGACAGACCAGCCUACAAAAUCACGGAAGCAAAUCCCGGAUCUGACUUGGUGGCCGAGACUUCUGCUGCCCUGGCUGCCGCCUCCAUUCUCUUCAAAGAUUCCAACCCUGCAUAUUCUGCCGAAUGUCUUCAACACUCUAGGGAGCUUUACGAUUUUGCCAAUAAUUUCAGAGGAGACUACGACGCUACAAUCCCUGGUGUUUCUGAAUUCUAUGCCAGCUAUGGCUACUACGACGAAUUAGCUUGGGCUGCUGCCUGGCUUUACCGUGCCACAGGUGAGACUAGCUACCUAACGGCAGCCAAGACACAUUUUCAGCAACUUUCAACAACUCCUUGGGAGUUUUCUUGGGCUGAUAAGACCCCUGGAGUGCAGGUAUUACUGGCACAACUAGCCGACGAAGUCGAUAAAGCCACAUAUGUGAAUCAUUUGACCAACUUCUGCAACGACAUCAUAGACAACAGGCAAAGGACACCCAAGGGAUUGGUGUACCUGAGUCAGUGGGGCUCCCUCCGAUAUGCAGCUAACGCAGUCUUCAUUUGUCUAAGAGCUGCAGACUUGGGCAUCAACCCUGAGAAAUAUCGAGAGUUUGGCAAGCAACAGAUCCACUACAUGUUGGGCGACACUGGACGGAGCUAUGUGGUUGGUUUUGGCGUGAACCCUCCGCAGCGGCCACAUCACGCCAGCAGCUCGUGUAAACCAGCUCCAGCAACGUGUGACUGGGACUUCCAUUCGCCGGAUCCUAACCCUCACGUGCUGUACGGAGCCUGUGGAGGCCCUGACGCCAACGACUGGUAUGAGGACAAGCGCGAAGACUAUGUCAAGAAUGAAGUUGCCACAGACUACAACGCAGGGUUCCAAUCUGCUGUAGCUGCUCUCCGCUCCCUCACGGACUGUGGCGGAGUGACAGCUGCACCAACAACAGCAGCUCCCACCCCAGCACCCACCUCGGUUCCCACUCCCGCACCCACUUCAGCACCAACCACACCGAACACAGGCGGAGGAAGUGGCAGCUGCUUCCGAUUUGCGAAAGCCAACAGUUGGAGCGGGAACUAUGAUGGAACAUUGUACGUGACUAUCCCCACUGAUGUAGGGUCUUGGAGCAUCGACCUUCAGUUAUCAUCAUCUGUGAACAAUUUCCAGGCGUGGACAGCGAACGUGGCACCCACUUCUGGCACCUCCAUCACGCUCACCAACAAAAACUACAAUGGAGUCCAAACUGCUGGCGCAACGCUUGAGCUAGGCAUCUUGGUAACUUUCUCGGGACCUACUCCAGCCAUCACGGCCGCGACUUUCAAUGGUGAAAUGCUUACAGGUUGUGGAGCUACCUCAGCUCCUUCCACCCCAGCUCCAACCCCGGCUCCAACCCCAGCCUCGACUCCAGAGAGUACUGUGAACCCUGGAACUGAAGAACCUAGUACCCAAGCACCAGGCUCUGGGUGCGUUGCUCCUGGGACAAGCUAUGACUAUGAUGAAGUUCUUCACAAGUCCCUCCUGUUUUACGAAGCUCAGCGAUCUGGAGAUCUGCCAGCUUCACAGCGUGUCACCUGGCGUAAGGACUCUGCCCUGGGCGACGCCAAGGACAGUGUGACCAACGUUCAGCUUGAUCUAACAGGAGGAUAUUAUGAUGCUGGCGAUUAUGGCAAAUUUGGAUAUCCAAUGUCAAGUAUGACAACAGUGUUGGCAUGGGGAGCCAUCGACUACGGCGCUGCCUAUAUACAAGCAGGGGAAAUGCCGUACAUGAAGGAGGCCGUCAAGUGGGCCACAGACUAUUUCCUUAAGGCACACGUGAGUCCUACUGUGUUGUAUGGCCAAGUAGGUAAUGGUCAGCUUGACCAUGCUUUUUGGGGCCGUCCAGAGGACAUGACCAUGGACAGACCAGCCUACAAAAUCACGGAAGCAAAUCCCGGAUCUGACUUGGUGGCCGAGACUUCUGCUGCCCUGGCUGCCGCCUCCAUUCUCUUCAAAGAUUCCAACCCUGCAUAUUCUGCCGAAUGUCUUCAACACUCUAGGGAGCUUUACGAUUUUGCCAAUAAUUUCAGAGGAGACUACGACGCUACAAUCCCUGGUGUUUCUGAAUUCUAUGCCAGCUAUGGCUACUACGACGAAUUAGCUUGGGCUGCUGCCUGGCUUUACCGUGCCACAGGUGAGACUAGCUACCUAACGGCAGCCAAGACACAUUUUCAGCAACUUUCAACAACUCCUUGGGAGUUUUCUUGGGCUGAUAAGACCCCUGGAGUGCAGGUAUUACUGGCACAACUAGCCGACGAGGAUAAAGCCACAUAUGUGAAUCAUUUGACCAACUUCUGCAACGACAUCAUAGACAACAGGCAAAGGACACCCAAGGGAUUGGUGUACCUGAGUCAGUGGGGCUCCCUCCGAUAUGCAGCUAACGCAGUCUUCAUUUGUCUAAGAGCUGCAGACUUGGGCAUCAACCCUGAGAAAUAUCGAGAGUUUGGCAAGCAACAGAUCCACUACAUGUUGGGCGACACUGGACGGAGUUAUGUGGUUGGUUUUGGCGUGAACCCUCCACAGCGGCCACAUCACGCCAGCAGCUCGUGUAAACCAGCUCCAGCAACGUGUGACUGGUCAGACUUCCAUUCGCCGGAUCCUAACCCUCACGUGCUGUACGGAGCCUUGGUGGGAGGCCCUGACGCCAACGACUGGUAUGAGGACAAGCGCGAAGACUAUGUCAAGAAUGAAGUUGCCACAGACUACAACGCAGGGUUCCAAUCUGCUGUAGCUGCUCUCCGCUCCCUUACGGACUGUGGUGCAUAACACUGAAAUGAAGGAAUGCCCAUCACUAAAGGGUUACUGAAGCCGCAGUUUCUCUUCUAGGGCUGCUGUGGUCGUCCAGCUUCUCGUAGAAGUAUAAAGAUUCUAGACUAGAGCCUGGUUCCAGAGUUAGAUAUUAAUCUAUUUAUUGCAAUUUUUCUGCCACUUCAUCUAAGGCCAGUAGUGUUAUAUUCAAAAUAUAGCAAUAGGGUGAGGUUUGGAGUCAAAGCCCAGUCUCCGUCUCCUACCUCCCCCCCCCUUCAGAACAGAUCAGUAUAAGGAUCAAGAGUCUAAAAAGCAAAAUCUUUAUAUAUCUGUAUCUAUAGUGUAUGGUAAGGAAAAUAAAUUAUAUGAAUUGCACAAUACUAAAUUGUAAUUAAAAAUUAGAUCAUUCCAUCAGAAAUUUACAUAUAAAACUGCUACAUAAACUUGUUACCAAUUUUUUUUCCUUUUAACUUUAUCCUUGGCGAAUUGUGUUUUCACUGGAUGAAGACACUCCUGAAGCCCUCAAAAUUUAUGUAAUGCCAAAAUCUUUGAUCAAUUAUUGAAUUAUACAAUUCAAUUUCUUUGUUCACACAUGCACAGUAUAACAGUAACUCUGAAGUGAAAAAGGGUUAAGUAACGGACUUGAUUUUUCAUCUAUUUCAAAAUUCAUUAACAUGGUUUUAUCAUUACCACAACAUUGAAGUGGUCAAGCUGCUUCAUAAUGAAAUAAAUUAAUAGAUCUUGCCAAUAGAACAACACAAAAUUCACUUUGAAAUCCUUACAUUCUAAAUCAUAAUUCUAAGGAAGGACAGGAAAACGCGACCGAAAUCUUGUACUUUUUAAUCUGAUUUCUUUGUAAUCAUAUUAGAUUUAGCUUUUAUUUAUAUUUCUUCUAGGUUAUAACAAUACUU